AUGAUUGCAGUACAUGCAUGCACCAUCACAUGGAUUAUUGCCGCGACUGUCGAUGCACGAGACGACUUGUUUGCCGACAAGCUUGCGGAUCAACAAUUCCUUCGUCAAAUGUACAUGAAGGAAGGAGGCUUCUUCAAUGCAACACGGGCUGAUCGAUCAAUCACGGCAGAACUUCUGUCUUCCAAUCAUUCGAAGCCAACAACAAGAGCGACGAGAAAUCUGAAUCAAAAUCCAAAGGGAGAUCUUGUGGUGGGUGUGUUCUAUUAUCCUUGGCAUGCUGACGACUUUCACAACGAUGAAGGCUACGUUCGACAGGAUUUGAUUCCACCACACAGCCCCGUAUUGGGAGAAUAUGAUGAUCGGGACGUUGCCACUAUUCAACAGCAUUUGGACUGGAGUAGACAAGCGAAUGUGAAAUUGUGGAUCACCAGCUGGUGGGGCCCUGGUCGGCAGACGGAUAUGACCACCAAGAACAACAUUCUGACCCAUCCCGAUCUCAAGAGUCACAAGAUUGCACUCUUUUACGAAACUACCAGUCGCAUCAAAGCUAGCGAGAACUAUACCACGACGCGAGUUCCAGGCGAUAUGCAAUAUCUUUGUGAAAACUACUUUGAUCAUCCAAAUUACUACCAAAUGGAGGAUCCAGUCCACGGUUCUCGCCCUGUGUUGUUUAUGUACUUGUCUCGGUCCCUCGCAAGGCGAGGCUAUUUGAACGAAACCGUCCAAGUGAUGCGAGACAAUGUCCGAAGUGCCUGUGGAAAGGAAAUUUAUAUCGUGGGCGAUCAAAUCUUUGGCCGUGCUUCCAGUAAUUAUGAUGAUCCGGAAAAGCAUGGACCCUUUCUCUUGCUGGAUGCCGUUACGAAUUACGAUGUCUAUGGAAGCAUUGCUUCGAUUUUAGGUGGAAAGGGUGGGACAUUGACCGAAGCCGACGUUCAGACCUUUUACGAAGUGGAAAAGGUGGCAUGGAAAGAUGCCGCGAAUACUUAUGGUUGUCACUUUAUUCCAUCCGUGUCUCCUGGCUACAACGACGUUGGCGUCAGAGACGGCAAUCCGGCCUUGUCUCGGUCGUUGCAAGGGCAAGGCUUUGGUUCCUUGUUCGAAAAGGCCUUGCAAUAUGCCAUUCCCUUGGCCGAAGAAAAUACUGUGGAUGGGUCAGACCGACUUUUGGUCGUUAACUCAUGGAACGAAUGGCAUGAAGAUACACAGAUUGAACCUGUGGUGGGGACCCUGACAUCUGAUCCACUCGAGUUGACCUUUGGAUUUACCUACGAGGGAUACGGAAACCGAUACUUGGAGAUUUUGCGAGUGGCAACUGACAACGAAGUUGCAGACACUCCGAAUCCAACAUCUGGUCCAACUUUUGAUCCUACUUCUGGUCCAACUUCCGGACCUACGUCUGUGCCGACUUCUGGUCCAACUUCCGGGCCUACGUCUGUGCCGACUUCAGGUCCAACUUCCGGUCCAACGUCUGUACCGACUUCAGGUCCAACUUCCGGUCCAACAAGUGGUCCUACUUCUGGACCGACUUCUGGUCCAACGAGUGGUCCUACAUCUGGACCGACUUCUGGUCCAACGAGUGGUCCGACUAGUGGACCUACAUCUGAUCCCACUAGUGGUCCAACUUCAAACCCUACUUCAGGUCCUACUAGCGAACCUACAUCAGGUCCUACUAGUGGGCCAACUUCAAACCCCACUUCUGGUCCAACUUCUGGACCGACAAAUGGACCUACUUCGAUUCCUACUUCCGGUCCGACUUUGGGCCCAACCUCCGGCCCAACUUCUGGCCCUACCAUUGGUCCUACGACAGGUCCUACUGGUGGACCAACAUCUUUACCCACAAGCGGACCAACGAGCGAUCCAACAUCCGGGCCGACAUCUGGACCUACCAGUGGUCCGACAUCAGGACCAACGUCUGGACCAACAAGUGCUCCCACUUCUGGACCUACGAGUGGGCCAACAUCCGGACCGACAUCUGGACCAACGAGUGGACCAACAUCGAAACCCACGUCUGGACCUACCGGUAAUCCGACAUUAGAACCCACUGAUGCCCCAACAUCUAAGCCUACGAAUGGGCCAACAUCCGGACCGACAUUGGGUCCUACGUCGGGUCCCACCAGCGACCCUUCGAGUGAGCCUACCUCAGAACCAACAAGUGGACCUACCAUUGCACCGACUGCAGGUCCUACCAGCAUACCUACCUCUGGACCUACGGCUGGACCAACUCUUGCACCAACUUCUGGUCCUACAAGUUCACCAACAUUGGAGUCAAGUUCAGGUCCAACAAACAGUCUUACUUCAAAUCCAACGAGUAGCCCGACGUCUGCACCAACCGUGGCACCUACUGGUGGUCCUACCUCGCUACCGACUGCAGGGCCGACAAGUGGACCAACUUCAGGGCCCACUUCUGUGCCCAGUCCUAGCCCAACUUCCAAUCCGACUGCGGGCCCAACCAGUGGUCCUACAUCAGUUCCUACUAGUACCCCUAGUUCUGGUCCAACUUUGGGGCCAACUUCCAAUCCUACUCUUGGUCCGACUAGUGGACCUACUCCUGGUCCGACUGCGGGUCCUACGUCUGGUCCUACUAGUGGACCUACUCCUGGUCCUACAUCAUUUCCUACUAGUACCCCUACGUCUGCUCCCACCAGUGGGCCUACAUCUGUGCCGACCGAUGGCCCAACAUCGGGGCCAACUGCUGGACCGACUGUCGGACCGACCUCAGAGCCUACUUCUGGGCCAACCUCAGGACCAACUAAAGGGCCGACUUCCGGGCCUACUGCAGGCCCAACAGUACAGCCAACAACAGGACCUACUAGCGAGUCUACAAAGCAAACGGAAGGAAAUGGCGAUCCCCAUUUCAAGACAUGGAAGAACGAACACUUUGAAUUUCACGGCCAGUGUGACAUUGUCAUGGUUUCCGACAAGGACUUUGCCAACGGUCUCGGUAUUGAUAUUCACAUUCGUACCAAGAUUGUUCGGUUUUGGAGUUACAUCGAGAGGGCUGUCAUUCGAAUCGGAAACGAUAUUCUUGAGGUAACAGGAUCUGCGGAGAACGACAAAGCCAACUAUUGGAUCAACUAUGAAUACAUGGGAGAACUGGAAGAUAUUGGUGGCUUUCCAGUAUCGAUCAACCCCAGCAAAAGUCGAUACACCAUUGAUCUUGACAGCAAAUAUUCUGGAGAAAAGAUUGAAAUCAAGACCUUUAAGGAGUUUGUCGGAGUCAAGAUUUUGGGAGCAUCCGAAUCUUCCUUUGGCAAAUCGGUGGGUAUAACUGGAGACUUUCGAACGGGAAACACCUAUGCUCGUGACGGUAGCACAGUUUUGAAUGAUUUUACAGAGCUCGGCAACGAAUGGCAAGUUUUGCCAUCGGAUGGUAGAUUAUUCCAUGAGACAUCUCGACCACAGUUCCCGGAAAAGUGUUGGCUUCCGGAAGACCCUCGAGGCAAUCGCAGACGUCGUUUGGAUGAGAGCUCCAUCACGGAGGAAGCAGCAGAAGAAGCUUGUUCUGGACUCGACGACGAAUUCAGCCGCAAAGGCUGCGUAUACGAUAUCCUUGCCACUCAAAACUUGGAGAUGGUAGGCGCAUACUGA